AUGUCCGACACGACGAAGCAAGCAUUAUCUGAAGUAGAAGAGACUCUGGAGUUUAGAUGGGUGAAGAAAAGAGGGAUCGGUGGAGUAAGGAAAGAAGUUCAGUUUUAUGAAUCUUUUGUUUAUGAUGGUGUCCAGUAUAAUCUUUAUGAUUGUGUUUAUUUGUACAAGGAUGGUGAACCUGAACCUUAUGUUGCUAAGCUUAUUAAAAUAUGGGAACAUCCAGGAAACUUGAAGAGAGUUAAGGUCUUAUGGUUUUUCCGACCUAGUGAAAUUGUUAAUCAUAUUGGCAAUGAACAAGAGGCAGUGCUCCAGAAUGAACUCUUUUUGGCGACCGGUGAUGGUCUAGGCCUUACCAAUAUUAAUCCUCUGGAAGCGAUUGCUGGCAAAUGCAAUGUUAUCUGCACGUCAAAGGACGCCAAAAACCCACAACCUUCUGAGGAAGAGAUGAAAACAGCUGAUUACGUUUUCUACCGCACGUUCAACGUGAACACUUUUAAGAUAUCAGAUAAGAUAGAUGAGAAAAUAGCUACAGUUCAAGAUACUUUCAUUUAUAACCGCACUGCUGAUGGUAAAGACACAAACGGUAUUUCGAAACCUGACUGUGGAAAGGCUGAAGUAAAUUUUGCUAGUAAGCACAUGCCAGGAGAUACAGUAGGAUGUGAAAAGGGCGAUGAUUCAGUGAGACUUGAUAAGCCUGGUGGUCCGUUGAGAGUUGGAAAUGAACGUUUGGUGGCUCCAGAGGUUAUACACGAUUCAUUGCCCAGCGAAGCUGUUGUUUCUGAUGAAGCUGCAAGCAAUAUUGUCAGUAAGCAGGGUAAUGUAUCAUGUGGAACGGAAGCACAAGCAAUGUCGCUAAAGAGAAGCCAACCUGAUGGUAAAAUUGAGGAUGAUAUAUCAAAAACCAGUUGCCUUGAUGAAAACGGAAACUCAAAACCUGUCAAUGGUGGUUCGCGUGAAGCUGAUAUGACGCCUUCGAAGAAACCCCGGGUUAAAUCGUUGAGGAAGAAGCGCAAUUAA